AUGGACCACCAUCAAAUGCAGGAAAUUAUAAUUCUAAACCACCAUCAUCAACAGGAUUCUUUGGAAAUGGAUUUGAUAAUUAUCAAAGUGAAUAUGGAAGAUUCUUCCAAGAAUGCAAGAAAUGUAUUUGGAAAUACACUUGCACUUGCAGGUAAAAUAUCAGGAGUUCAUUGGUGGUAUAAUGAUCAAUCAUAUGCAGCAGAAAUGACAGCUGGAUAUUAUAACUCAAAUGGAAAUGAUGCAUAUAAAACACUUUCUAAUACAUUCAAAAAUAAUAAUGUUAGAUUUGAUUUUACAUGUCUUGAAAUGAGUGGAACUGAUGGAAAUUGUGGACCAUCACCAGCUAAUUUAGUUAAUCAAGUAUUUAAUGCAGCAGGAACAGUUGGAAUUGGAAAAUGUGGAGAAAAUGCACUUGAAUUAUGUGGACAUGGAGGAUAUAAUACUAAUGGAUUUAAUCAAAUCAUUAAUAAAUGUAAACAACAUGGAUUAACAGCAUUCACAUAUUUGAGAAUUACAAGAGGACUUCUUGAUGAUGGAAAUGCAUGGGGACAAUUCACUAAUUUUGUUAAUAAAAUACAGUAG